GUAAAGUAUACUCGUGAUCUGAUUAUGCUGUUACAGCGCUCUCUGUGCAAAAACACCAUUGUUCACCUCCAGCAGACAGCUUUUGGAAGCUCUACCUUGGUCAGCGAGUCACCCACUUAUAGAUUAUCACAACAAUAUUUUCUGCAGUUUAGUUGACUGGCGUUCUUGGAGAGUCUGCUGCCGGAGCAGUAGCGCAGGAUGAAGCUGCUCACGCACAACAUGCUAUCGUGCCACAUAAAAGGCGUGCAGAACGGCUUCCCUUUCAAGAUAGAGCCAGUCAAGGUGGAGCAGGUGGACGCAGACUAUGACCCAGACUUCCUCCGGCACAUCUACCCUCGCCUGGAGUGGAAGGCCCUCUGCGAAGCCGCCGCAACCAUGGGUGCUCCCGGGCUGCCAGAGGAGGUGAGCGAAGAGAUGCUGCAGGACGACGACUUCCUGCGCAGCUUCCACCAUGCGCUGCUGGAGCUGGUGCUUGAAGAGGGCGCCCUGGUGUGCCCAGAGACCGGCCGCCAGUUCCCUGUCCACAAGGGCGUUCCCAACCUCCUGCUCAACGAGGACGAGAACUGAUGCAGAUAGCGGAGAAGCAGCAAGCGUUUUUUUGGUGUGGGUUUCAGAGUGUGCAGAUGGCGGGGUCGUUGUUGUGCUGCGGUUUUGUCCUAAUGCUUGUUGGGUUGAUGGGAUGCAUGGGUUAUAAUCGGGCUCUGUCAAUGCCCGACCUGCAAGCACAGCUGCAGAGGACAUGCCAGAAGUGGAGUGCAGCUGUCCGAUUAUUUUGGCAGCGAUAUGUGGAUAUCAAAAUGGAGCUUGAAAAAAAUAUGUCCCUU